AAGAGUAGAGUCGGGGUUCGUUUCGUUAGAGCAAAACGGAAAACCCUAGCCGCGCAAGCCCUCUUGAAGGCGUAAAUGCUAAUUAGGUUAACGUGAGUUGCGUAACAAAACAAAACCAUCGCUCUCUUCUCUUUUCUUCUGGGUAACAAAUCAACCUUAAAGUUAAAACACAGAUAUGGUUUGGUUUCAAUGUGAAGAUUGUGGAGACAACCUCAAAAAGCCCAAGUUGUCGAGUCACUUCCGAACUUGCUCCGCUCACAAGUUGUCGUGCAUUGACUGUGGGCAAAUAUUUGGGCGUGACACCGUUCAGGAACACACACAGUGUAUUACAGAAGCGGAAAAGUAUGGUCCAAAAGGCCAAGGCAAAACUUUGAAUGUUUCAACUGCCAAGCCUAACAAGGAUAGCAAGCAAAGGCCUGAAGUUGAUAUUAAUGUGGGGUUAUCUGAACGGCCUCCAUGGUUCUGUAGUCUUUGCAAUACGAAAGCUACAAGUAAGCAAACACUGCUUCUCCAUGCUGAUGGAAAGAAACACAAGGCAAAAGCCCGAGCAUUCCAUGCUUCAAAGCAACAACCUGGCGAGACCAACAUAUCUGCCCCUGAUGCUAAGGUUGCGAUGGAGACUGUUCCUAAUAAUGAGGAGGGAGAUGACGAAAAUGCAGAGCAGCUAAGAUUGCAAGAGUCUUCUAAACAAAAUAACUUGAAAUCAGGAAGUGAAAUUUCUUCAGCAAAGAAAAAGAGAAAACUUGGAGCCUUGGAGGAUGACCUUGUUAAAAAAAGCAGGAAUGACACUUCAGUUGACAUGGGAAAUGGGGAAGUAAUUCAGGGUGAAGAAGCAGAAGCAACAGGAGAGAGCGAUUCGAAGAAAGAAGGGAUAGUAGAACCUCACUGUACGAGUGCAGUAAAAAAUAAAAUAAAAUGGAAGAAGUUUAUCAAAUCGGCCUUGAAAUCUCAUCCUGAUGGAAUUUUGAAGAUGAAGAAACUCAGGAAAGUUGUCCUCACAGCACUGCUGGAAUCUGGCAUUGUAGUGGAUGAAACUGAAUUAAGUGAGGCACUUCAGCACAAGAUCAAUUCCAGCUCCAGAUUUGCAGUUGAGAACAAGUAUGUGCGAUUGGUGGCCAAAGAUUGAACACUGUUGUUAGCGUUCUUAUGACUAGGAGUCCAUGUAAUUUUUUAUAAUUCACUUGUUGCUUGAUUGACAUUCAUCCGUCUCUCAAAAAAACCCUUACACAAAAUUUUUGUGAAGUAAUGCUUUGCGAAAGUAUUCAAUUAUCAUAAUCUUUUUGAAAAACCAAAUAUAUAU